AUGCCGCGCGUCCCCACCACCAAAGAAGUCCUCCCGGGGGCCUCAGUGAACAUCAUCCUAAAAGCCGACCAACCCACCGGCCGCACCGUCUCGGGACGGAUCGCCGACGUGCUAACGCGCGGGAACCAUCCGCGGGGCAUAAAAGUGCGGUUGACGGAUGGGCGGAGGGGGUACCGCGACAGGCGCGUGAGAGGGGCCGGGGCGGGGGAUGAGCCUCCCGCGCAGAAUAUCGGGUUGGAUGCGUAUCUUACUGCGCGGCCAAGAGGGCAGAAUCGGGGACGGAAACAGGGACAGGGGCAGGGACAGGGACAGGAUGACGCUUUGAGAGGAUCAGGAGCAGGAGGAGUGGUGAGUUGUCCGGUUUGCAGUGUGUUUGAGGGGGAUGAAGCGGCCGUGGCGCAUCAUGUCGCGGGGCAUUUUGAGGAUUAG